UUGAGAGAGAUAACCAGUUGCUCUCCAGCUGUCACAGUAAAAGUGGAGCCUCCCCUACGCACCGACGGAUGAGCAUCCUCUACCUGUUGCCUCGGCGGGAAGAAAAGUAGAGCUGCAUUCAGACGGGUGCCAAAAAAAGAAAUAAGUUGAUUUUUCUUUUUAGGGGGGAGGUCGAGGAUGAUGCCAUGAAGUGUAUCAUCAAUGUGUUUGUCAUCAAUCAACGUUUUGAAUAGAAAGAGGAAAAGGAACGGAGUUGGUUUUGGGGUGGUCCACCUCCUCGGUGUGGAGGUGCGGUUUGCGGUGAUCUUUGUCUCUGUCUCUGGGCUCUGAGGAGGAGAGCCAUGGUCGAACUGGAAAAGGAGGUGCUCCCGCUGCCCCCUCGGUACCGGUUCCGAGACCUGUUGCUCGGGGACUGGCAGACCGACGACAGGGUGCAGGUAGAAUUCUAUGUGAAUGAGAACACUUUCAAGGAGCGCCUCAAGCUGUUCUUCAUCAAAAACCAAAGAUCCAGUCUGCGGGUGCGAAUGUUUAACUUUGCACUCAAAGUGCUGAGCUGCCUCCUCUACAUUGUCAGAGUCCUACUGGACAAUCCGCAAGACAAAAGGCAGGACUGCACAAGUGGAGUGAACUGCACCAAACAAAAUACAUCAUCCCGUCCCUGGAGUGAGUUUGACUGGAAACUGAUCAUCUGGGUGGAUAGACCUCUACCGCUGUGGGCACUGCAGGUGCUUGUGGCUUUCAUCAGCUUUUCAGAAACUAUGUUGCUUGUGUAUCUCAGCUACAAGGGCAACGUUUGGGAGCAAGUGUUACGUGUCCCCUUCAUUCUGGAGAUGAUCAGCGCCGUUCCCUUCAUGAUCACUGUGAUUCUGCCCUCGUUCAGAAAUCUCUUCAUCCCUGUGUUUCUCAACUGCUGGCUGGCCAAGCACGCUUUGGAGAACAUGAUAAAUGAUCUCCAUAGGGCGAUUCAGCGGACACACUCAGCCAUGUUUAACCAGGUGGUGAUACUCAUCAGCACACUGGUCUGUCUCAUGUUUACAUGCAUCUGUGGUAUCCAACACCUCGAACGAGCGGGCAACAACCUCACCUUGUUUGAUUCGCUUUACUUCUGCGUGGUCACCUUCUCCACGGUGGGCUUUGGAGAUGUCACCCCCCAGAUCUGGCCCUCACAGCUCCUGGUGGUCAUCAUGAUCUUUGUGGCACUCAUCGUGCUUCCCAUCCAGUUUGAGCAGCUGGCCUUUCUGUGGAUGGAGCGUCAGAAGUCCGGGGGGAACUACAGCCGCUACAGGGCGCAGACGGAGAAACACGUGGUGCUGUGUGUCAGCUGUCUUAAGAUCGACCUCCUCAUGGACUUCCUCAACGAGUUCUUCGCUCACCCCCGACUGCAGGACUACUAUGUGGUGAUCUUGUGCCCAGCAGAGAUGGAUGUCCAGGUUAGGAGAGUCCUUCAUGUUCCUUUGUGGGCCCAGAGAGUCAUCUACCUACAGGGGUCUGCCCUCAAAGACCAAGACCUGAUGAGGGCCAAGAUGGACGAUGCUGAGGCCUGCUUUAUCCUCAGUAACCGGUUUGAAGUGGACCGCAUUGCCGCCGAUCAUCAGACCAUCCUCCGAGCCUGGGCGGUAAAAGACUUUGCUCCAAAUUGCCCCCUGUAUGUCCAGAUUCUCAAGCCAGAGAACAAGUUCCACGUCAAAUUUGCAGAUCAUGUGGUGUGUGAAGAAGAGUUUAAGUACGCCAUGCUGGCUUUAAACUGUGUGUGCCCUGGUACCUCAACACUCAUCACUCUAUUGAUCCACUCCUCCAGAGGACAAACUGCGCCCCAAGAGGCCUUCAAGCAACGUGUAGGAGCCUUUCAGGCCCUUAACAGGGAAGGCGGUGCCUGUUCAGCAGACCAAUGGCACCGAACCUACCGGCGCUGCUCAGCCAAUGAGGUGCAUCACAUCCGCCUGGAGGAAAGUAAAUUCUUCGGGGAAUACCAGGGCAAGAGUUUCACCUUUGCCUCCUUUCAUGCUCACAAAAAGUAUGGAGUGUGUUUGAUCGGAGUACGCAGACUGGACACCACCAACAUCCUGCUGAACCCUGGUCCCUGCCACAUCAUGGGAGCCUCUGACACAUGCUUUUACAUCAAUAUCUCCAAAGAGGAGAACUCAGCAUUUGUGAGGGGCCAGAGGGAGCCAUCAUGGGGCGGCAUGGGGGGAAAUGCCAGGGGAGUCCACCAAACCAUCUACCAUGGACUCACCCGCCUGCCAGUCCACAGUAUCAUUGCCAGCAUGGGCACAGUGGCCAUCGAUCUGCAGGACUCCAGUGACAGCAGCCCAGAAGGCCAGGACCCGGGGAGCACAGGGCUUGGCAGCGGAAGAGGGAGCAGGAGCAGCUCCAGGACAGAGAUGGGAGGCGCUAAUACUUUGGCCCUACCUGCCAUGGGAGAAUCUGCCGAGGAGAGGCGGCACAGCAUCGCCCCCGUCCUGGAGCUGGUAGAUGGCGUCAACCCUACCUUCGACCUGCUGGGAGACCAAUCAGAAGAUGAGGGAGGAGAGGAGGGCAAGGAGGACAGUGAUAAAGAUGAGAGCGCCCACUGGUGGGGUCGACAUUGCGAGUGGGUGAAGGGAUACCCGCUGAACUCUCCGUACAUCGGCAGCUCUCCUGCGUUGUGCCACCUUCUACAAGAAAAGAUGCCCUUCUGCUGCCUGCGCAUGGACAAGGCUUGUCACCAUAUCCCUUUUGAGGAUGCCCGCUCCUACGGCUUCAAAAACAAAUUGAUCAUUGUGUCAGCGGAAAGUGCAGGGAAUGGUUUAUACAACUUCAUUGUGCCUCUACGGGCCUACUACCGACCCAGGAAGGAGCUCAACCCCAUCGUGCUGCUGUUGGAGAGCAUACCUGAAGCAGACUUCCUGGAGGCAAUCUGUUGGUUCCCUAUGGUGUUCUACACAGUGGGCUCCAUCGACAAUCUGGACAGUUUGCUGCGAUGUGGAGUGACUUUCGCCGACACCAUGGUUGUGGUUGACAAGGAGAGCUCCAUGAUUGCAGAGGAGGACUACAUGGCUGAUGCAAAGACCAUCGUCAACGUCCAGACCCUCUUCAGACUGUUCCCUGCUCUUAGUAUCAUCACUGAGCUCACACACCCAGCCAACAUGCGCUUCAUGCAAUUCAAAGUCAAAGAUCACUACUCUCUGGCUCUGUCCAAACUGGAAAAGAAGGAAAGGGAGAAGGGGUCCAACUUGGUGUUUAUGUUCCGCCUGCCCUUUGCAGCAGGGAAGGUGUUUAGUGUCAGCAUGCUGGACACACUCCUCUACCAGUCAUUUGUGAAGGACUACAUGAUCUCCAUCACCAGGCUGCUGCUGGGUUUAGACUCCAUGCCGGGCUCAGGUUUCCUCUGUGCUAUGAGAAUCACAGAGGAUGACUUGUGGAUCCGAACCUACGGCAGGCUCUACCAGAAACUAUGCUCCUCCACAGGAGACAUUCCCAUAGGCAUCUACCGAACUGAAGCCCAAAAGCUUCCGGUCUCUGAGUCCCAGGUAUCCAUCACAGUGGAAGACUACGAGGACACCAGAGAACCCAGAGAGCCCCUGUUGUCCCGGACUGGCGCUCACCGCAACUCCACCUCCUCUGAGCCCAUCUCAACCUCCUCCCACUCCUCGGACCACCCACUGCUCAGGAGGAAGAGCAUGCAGUGGGCACGGCGGCUGAGCAGGAAGGGAGGUCGGAGCUCCAGCGGGGCCAAGGGGGCUGCGGGCAGUGCUGCAGAGAGGAUCAGCCAGCAGAGACUGACCCUGUUCAGGCGCUCGGAGAGGCAGGAACUCAACGCCCUGGUGCGAACGAGGAUGAAACAUUUGGGCCUUUCUCCCACUGGAUUCAAUGGGAUGACAGACCAAGGGAACAGACUAUCUUACAUCCUCAUCAACCCUUCCCCAGACACCAGACUGGAGCUGCACGAUGUUGUGUACCUGAUCAGACCAGACCCCCUCUCUCUGGUACCCAAUCAAGGUAGCAGCAGGAAGUGCAGCGCCGGGCUCACAGAGAGCCACAGGUUUGAUACGCAGGACAGCACCCAUCUGUGAGAGAAAAAAAAAACAAAAAGACAAAUAUACUGUCAAAACACUGUCAAAACAACAACAACACGCUCAAGAAAUCAAGGAAUAGUGAGACAGAGAGCGAUGCAGCCAGAUGGCCCUCGUAUUUUCUCAACAUUCAGUCUUGGUGAACUCAGUGGUGCCGGAAAUGCAUGGACCUUUUCUAUAACGAUGGGAAUGUUUUAUUUAUGCACCUUCCUAUUUUCAAAGCAGAGAGCUGGGGACACAGAAGUGCAUUUAAUGAAAAACUACAUGUAUUUAUAUCCGUGUACGUGCAUGUUCUGUACUGCAUCAUGUAUGUGCGGUGUGUAUGUAUGUAUGUACUGUAUGUGUGUGCAAAUGUGCGAAUGAAUGUGUAUGUAUGCUUAUGGAUCAAGAGCAAGACACUGCCAAUUUUAUCCGGACAGCCAAAGGAAUCUGCUGCCAAAAGGGAUGUAUUUUUGUGUCUUUCUCUGUGUCGUAGGUGUGUUUCGUCACACUUAAUGUUGUUUAACGUAUUGGAAACUGAUACUACAGUGCACACACCCUGUUAAUUUUUUUUUUCUUCUUCUUCUUCUUCAUAAAGUCUUUUUGAAACUUUUUACCUGUUGCUUACACUCUCAAACGCACACAUCCGUUUUACGCUCACCAGCAGCGGAGGAAUCCAAAGAGCACCAGUCUGAAUAAUGGACAUAAAUAGACAGCGAGCACGCAUCAUCAGUCCAGGGCAUUCAGUCGCACUGCUGUCGUCAGCAGUCGCACUGAAGUAUGUUCUUGUCUUCAGCUGUGUGAGUACUCUGGAAACAAACCUGUUCCUGUUUUAUUGUUUGCCUGUUUUUCUUAAAGUCCCACUCUCUCUGCUUCUGUCAGUGUGAGCUGUCCCGCCACCAGCUUGCUUUUGCUGACAUGCAUGUUAGAGAUGCAAGGGAUGGACAAAAUAACAGGAACAUGUACCGUAAUAUAAUGCCAUCCAGUACGAUAGCCCUGCAAUAAAUACUACUUUUGUGAAGCUUAUAAUUUAACAUUUUUGAGACUGUCAGAGAGCUGUUGGCUCAACUCUGUGUUGAAGCUGUAUUAUAAGCUUUACAAGUAAAUAUUUGCUGUAUUUAUUGCACACUGCAAUAAAUAUCCACUUUAACAAGUAGUUAGUUUGCUAAUUUAGAAUUAAAAUCUGCAAUAUAAUUUGCUUUUCAUUCACAAAAAAUCUUAUUUUUCUGAUAACAAGUGAAAAAAUCUGCCACUAGGGUGAGAUCACCACUUGUUUAUCAGCAUAUUGUAUUGUAUUUCAUAAUUUUUCAGCUGUUUAAAGAGACGUGAUUCGAAUCUUUAUAUAUUACAGUAAAUUACUUGUUGGGGUGGACAUUUAUGCUGUUUACCAAGGAUUUGCAAGCCUCUGUGAAUCUUUUGUCAGAAAUUCUGAAUGUGCCAUUUCACAUAGAAAUGGUGUGGCCAUGUGGUGGGAAUGCAAACUGGCAUCCCCGCCAACACCACUGCUGUAGCUGCCAUUAUAACAGAUGAAGAUAUGUACAUA